AUGUCAUCCCGAACUUGCUGCUCCGGCCUCCCGGCGACGCCUCGCCGGCAGGCGGGCCACCACACCCUCCCACUCCCGGCGGCUUGUGGCCUCUCCUUCGCCCCCGAAUUCGGCUCUUCUAGCCGCCGCGGCCGUCCUCCUCCGUUCUGCUGCACCAGCACUGCGCGGACUCGGGUGGUCGCUUCUUGUUCCGUCGCACGAGUUCCCAGGAGGAAUGUACUAUCCACACUGCUAUCCGCUUCAACGGUGCUACUUCUCGGACCAAGAGAGAUCACCUUAGCUGAGACCACCGGCGGUGCAUUCAGGGAGUACAUCGACACAUUUGACGGCUACUCCUUCAUAUACCCAAAGGGCUGGAUCCAGGUCAAAGGAGCUGGCGCGGACAUAUUCUUCAGAGAUCCGGUCCUCCUGGACGUGAACAUGUCCGUCGACAUAUCAUCCCCUUCUUCGUCAACGUACAAGACGGUCGAGGACCUAGGCCCCCCUGAGAAGGCUGCUGAGGGAGUUCUGAAGCAGUAUUUGACGGAGUUCAUGUCGACCAGACUAGGUGUUCGACGCGAGUCGAAUGUCUUGUCAGCGUCGUCCAAGGUCGCCGACGAUGGCAAGCUCUACUACGAGGUUGAGGUGAACAUCAAGUCGUACGCAAGCAACAAUGAGCUAGCGGUGAUGCCGAAAGACAGGGUGCAGAGCCUGGAGUGGGACCGGCGGUACCUGACAGUCCUCGGCGUCGAGAACAACCAGCUGUAUGCGCUACGGCUGCAGACGCCGGAACGGUUGCUCUCGGAGGAAGAUGGAGACCUGAGGAGAGUCAUGGACUCCUUCAGGGUCAACAAGAUACAAGCGUAG